CACAAUGCAUGGAUCACUUUUUAACGAUAAAGCACGGUUUUUGGUGAAGAAUCGAAUCGAAGGAUUUGCACAUUCGACAAAACGCAAAAAAAUGCUUACUAUAAUCGGUCAUUGGCCAACAUAAUGGACACGAUUGAAUUUAGACAGUUGUUUCCAUUUCGCUUCACAUCACAGAUCACGCUAUCGAGUUUCUCUCUCACACACAAAACUAAACACUGCCACCAACCAACCACCACAACUUCCCAAACAUUUUGAAAAUAGCCGCAUUGUUGAAAUAUUAUUAAAAGUAUUUGAAUUAAAAAAAAACAAAGACAAGAAUGUAAUUAUAGCAACAAUAUAAUUUUUUUAAUUAAGUAAAACCCGUUCAACUCUUACUUAAACGUCAAAAUGUCACAUUUCAGAUUUCUUUCUUUUCAGCUAUUUAAAAACAAGUUUUUUCACUUUUACCCCAUCAGCAGGUGCGAGUCCACCUGUCAAAAACACCGUCCAUACUCCCCCUUUCGCCCUAAAAAUAAAACCGAAUGGGUUUUAGCCCGUCUCGACGACUUGCUGAAUUGGGGCCGAAAAACUUCAAUGUGGCCGCUUACUUUCGGCUUGGCAUGCUGUGCCAUAGAAAUGAUGCACAUUGCAGCCCCCCGAUACGACAUGGACCGGUACGGAGUCGUUUUUAGGGCUUCGCCCCGCCAAACGGAAGUCAUAAUUGUGGCGGGAACAGUCACUAAUAAAAUGGCGGCAAGUUUGAGAAAAGUAUACGAUCAAAUGCCCGAACCCAGAUGGGUCAUCUCGAUGGGCAGUUGUGCCAAUGGGGGUGGGUAUUAUCACUAUUCUUACUCAGUCGUUAGGGGUUGUAACCGGAUUAUUCCGGUGGAUAUUUACGUCCCGGGGUGUCCCCCAACAGCUGAAGCGCUGAUGUAUGGGAUUUUGCAGCUUCAAAAAAAAGUCAAAAGACAUAAUGCGAUACAAAAAUGGUUUAUUAAUCGAUUCUAAGCCAAACUAUUGUUAAAUAAAACAAUUUG